AGCAAACAUGAAAACGAUUUGGAUAGAGGCUAUAUGUCAGAAGGAGUAGGGGAAAUGUGUUGUCAUGAUACAAAAAACAACGUGCAAGGCACUGAAACAACAUAGAACCACUCGAGUGAAUUGAUCGUAAUUAUGCUAUCCAAGAAAAGCAACAUAUUUUAGAUCACAUUGUCUCAUGAGAGAGGUGUCUUUGUAGGAAUGUUGUCUUCAUAAUUUCGACGCAUGCCCCCUGGGCAGUUAGUUAAUUGGUAUCAUUCUUUUGGUAUCAUCUGGAGCAGCUUCGACCUCAGUGUCAUCACAAGAGGCUUUUGAUGACACAGGAGUGGAGACAAUACCGCCACCAAACUCAAUGCACAAUUGAGGAUUCGACUGUCAAAGUGUUUACUUCGUCAACCGAGGAAAGUUGUGCAGUGUGUGCCUAAAGGCUCACAUCGCUUUUAUUCCUUGCCAAGAUUUUAAUGGAAUUAAUCCUUACAAAUGUGGCAACUACGACUCCACCUCAUGUUUACGUGAGCGGCUGGGUUUUUUGGUAGAUUUAUAAAAAGAGGGAACGAUCCGAACAUGGAUCUAUUGACUUUGAGAGACCGAAGAACUCGCCUGUUGCGGAGUCGCGAGUACAUGCUAGCAGCGAACAGGCUGAGUAAGCCACCUCCGUGGCACAGCGGCGGAAGGCGGUGGGCAGUGUCCGCAUCAACGAUAGCCAUGUCGGAAAGAGAAAAGCAGUUAAUCCCGAGUCGAAGGGAGAGUUGUCCACCUACUUUUUGGAGUUUGCAAAGGAGCGAACCAGCUAGGCCGGGGAUGAGGAGGGCCAGAACGGCCCAUGCCUCAAAUUAUGCAGAAAGAAUAAGAUUCAAACCAGAACCAUACCGAGCAGAACCCUGCGAAGAAUGUGAUUCGAUAAGACAGUGCCUCAACAACGAGUUUCUCAAAAACUUCGAUGCUAACCAACUCAGACAUGUCGAAACGUCAACUCGAAAUACACUGCCAACUCAUAAAACGAUAUCCGAGGAGCGGAGAGCUAUCCUCGGUGAGAGGGGGUCGCAUUCAGCCCGAUAUGACAUCAAGCGACAUCGUGUAGUUCAUUUCUCGAGCGCGCCGACCACCAGUCAAGGUCCGAGACCAACUCAAGGGAACGUCGACGCCGCAAACACCGAUGCCGUACAGAACGUGGAGGGAGGGACCUGACGUAGGUUGUCCCUGUCGACGUGUGAUCUUUGGACAUCGGAAGAAUUAUGGACAUGGAGUGGCUCAGACCUGGACAUGAGGGCACCAUUCAACAAGAGGUUUCUGAUGGUCGAAAACUGAAGAUCAUACUAAAUGAAUAAGUCACGAUGAUGGUCAAGACAUGGUCUAUGUCUUCUUGUUUGAUCUUUCAGGAGGUCUUGGUUUGUGUGUAUGGUUCAUAAAUGCAGUGGCGUAUCUUCGGAGGAAGAGGGGCGCUUGCCAUGAACGCCAAUUACAGGAUGCUCCAAACGGAGAAGUCAAGGGAAUUAAAAUAAAAUGAUCCAGAUUUGAAGAAAAAAAACCCUGAGAGAGGGGAGGGGUGAGGAAGACAAAAAUUAGGACGCGAUUUGAGGAUUUGAGUAUCCCUCCAUGUGAAAUACUGGAAGGUCACAUUGCAAGCACUGAUCCUGCCCGCCCUCUUUUCCCUAGAUACGCCAUUGCACAAAUGAUCUAGUUAACAUGUUGACAGCUAUUUCAUGUAUUUAAACCUAUGGACACCUCAUGAAUAUUACUUAAAAGUUUGUGCAAUUAUAGCUAUUGUUUCUCAUCGUUUUUUUUUUUCUUUUUUACAAAAAGAAAUCUUCAGUUAUCAUACUGAUCACUGAUCGAUUAGCAACUUUACUUUUGCCGUCGAUCUGCAUACUAUGAAAUAUUGAUGGU